AUGGCUCCCAUCACAGACGACACGGUUGAAGCUCUUCGAGAUACCAUCCAUAAGCUGGAAUCUCGGGUGCAGCAGUUGGAGGCCAAGUUAGGGCAUGGUGAUGGGUCACCUCCGGCGGGCAGCUCGAAGAAACCCCUUCAAUCCGUCCGGAUGAUUUUAAUGGGUCCUCCUGGAGCUGGGGACAUGCUGCGAUCUCAGGUAGCAAAGAAGACCUCGCUCGGGAGGGAAGCCAAGAAGAUAAUGGAUCAGGGCGGGUUGGUCAGCGAUGAGAUCAUGAUCAACAUGAUAAAAGGUGAAUUGGAGAACAACCAAGAUUGCAAACAAGGCUUCAUACUUGACGGCUUCCCGCGAACAGUCGCACAAGCUGAGCGACUAGAUGGCAUGCUGACAGCGAAGAGCCAAAAACUUCAACACGCCGUCGAGCUACAAAUCGACGAUGGCCUUCUGGUCGCCCGGAUAACAGGGCGCCUGAUUCACCCAGCUUCCGGCCGGUCAUAUCACAAGAUCUUCAAUCCGCCAAAAGAGACGAUGAAGGAUGACGUGACCGGCGAGCCAUUGAUCCAGAGAUCCGAUGAUAAUGCGGAUACACUGAAGAAGCGACUUGGGGUCUAUCAUGACCAGACCUCGCCAGUGGUAGCCUACUACAAGAAAACGGGGAUCUGGAAGCCAAUCGAUGCAAGCCAAGAACCAGGGCAAGUGUGGAAGAGCCUACUGGGGGUCUUUGAGGGGGACAAGUCUUCAUCUUCAAGUACGACCGGCAGUCUCCUUAGCAGGAUUGGGCUGAAAUAG